AGAGUUAAAAAACACAAGUUGUUAAGAAGGGACAACCACAUAACCCGGAUUUUUAUUAUCAACAGUCGUCACAUAACAUCACUUCCACUUUCUCAAUAUUCUCUCUUCCUCCUCCCUCUCCUCCACCACCACCACAACCACCACCACUUCUCCUCUUUCUUUUUGUCUCCUUCAAUUCCUCAAUUUUUCAGAAAAAAUUACCUCAAAACCAAGCUAGCUUCUUCUUGUUGGACACUAUAGUGUAUAAUUGAAACAAAGGUAAGUUUUUUAAUUUUAAUUUUUUGAAAUUACAUGUUAGAUUUAUCAUGAUGGAGAUUUUAACAACUACAUCAACAACAACAACCACCACAAACACAAACACUACUCCUUUAACAACAAUUUCAAAACCAUCAGAACCCGAAUCAGAAAACCCGACCCGAAUCCAACCCAUUAACACAACAACAACAACCUCAAACAUAACAAAGCCUUUGUCUUUUUCAAAUGGGGUUCUUAAACGCCACCACCCCAACACUCACAACAACGUUGUUGCUGCUGUUACUUACAAAGAAUGUCUCAAAAACCACGUGGCGACUCUAGGUGGUCACGCACUAGACGGUUGUUGUGAAUUCAUGCCGUCACCAACCGCCACCUCCGACGACCCCGCUUCCAUAAAAUGCGCUGCUUGUGGAUGUCACCGGAACUUCCACCGCCGUGAACCAGAAGAACCGAUUUCCACCGUUUUUGAAUAUCAACCUCACCACCGCCACCACCCACCGCCUCCGCCGUUGUUCCAGUCCCGUUCACCAAGCUCCCCGUCUCCACCUCCGAUCUCUUCAUACCCAUCAGCUCCACACAUGCUCUUAGCACUCUCUGGUGCCGGAGUUGGAUUCUCCAUCCCGCCGGAAAACACAGCAGCGCCGUUAAGCCUUGGUUCUCCGAUGGGAGCUAGUAGGAAAAGAUUCCGAACGAAAUUCACCCAAGAGCAGAAGGAUAAGAUGCAUGAAUUCGCUGAGAGAGUUGGGUGGAAGAUGCAGAAGAGAGAUGAAGAAAUGGUUAACGGAUUUUGCAAUGAAGUUGGUGUUGAUAGAAGUGUUCUCAAGGUUUGGAUGCAUAACAAUAAGAACACUUUGGGAAGAAAAUUGUCAGAUCAUGUGAAUGGUGACGGCGCCGCCGUAAGAUCCGCCGCUGACGGUGUCUCCGGUGGUGGUUUUGGUGUUCAUGAGAAUGAUAAUAAUAAUGGGAUCAAUGUUGCUGUUUGUGCUACUAAUGGAUCUUCUUCUUCUUCUUGAUCUUUUUUUUUAUGAGAGAUUAAAAAAAAUGAGGGAAUAAUAAUAAUUGAUAUGUUUAGAUUAUAUUAUAGAGUAAUUAAGAGUUGCUACUAGUUAA